AUGCCUAACGAGACUUGUAGUUUUGAAGAACCUACUGGAUUUUUCAUAAUACAUAUUCUGUCUGGUUGUAUAUCCGCUCCAAUUUAUAUGUUGGCACUUUGGAUAUUAAUUUUCAAAAGUUCCGCCCAUUUUAAAAAUUACCGUAACUAUUUAGUUGUACAUAUACUGUCCGACCUUCUCCUAGAAAUCCACAUGGGUCACAUUUGGAAGGUUACUGUAGUUCUACCGAUUCCAAUAAUGUGCUCAAACAGUUUUACCGCUGAAUAUGCUCCAAUUGUGUUCCAGCUCCUUCCAUUUUGUAUAAUUUUCACUGGAAUUUCAGUCGUUUCACUUUUUGUUUACCGCAUGGAAGCGAGAUUCGGCAAAUUCCAGCCGUACAUGUGGUGUGACAAUUGCUUUUUCAUGAAUUUCGAUUCCAAAAUAUUUCUAGUUUUCUACGCAUUCUCUUCGAUGGCCACCAUUCUUUGUUUCUAUUCCGCUAUUAGUGCUUUAGUGAUAACCAUUAAAGUUCUAAACUCCAUAAAAACCCAAUUAUCGGAUAAAACAGCUGCAAUUUAUAGGAAUUUUCUACGAAGUUUGGUUUUAACAGCUCUGGUUCAUAUUGUAUGCAUUUUGAUCCCCUUGCUCGGGUUCUUACUAGCCAUCUCUGUAAUGAUCAGAUUGUCUCAACUUCCAUAUCUCCCAUAUAUCCUAGUUAUGAUAAUCCAGGAACAUGAUGCCGCGACUACCGUAACCAUGUUUUUAACUAACAAUUUAUUACGGAAAACUAUGAAAAAAAUGUUGUCAUUCAAAUUUGAACACAAUACGAAUACAUAUUGUUUUGAAGGGAACCUCUAA